AAUAUAAUUUAAAACUAAAAUUAUUCGAAAUUCACUGCAAAAUUUGAGGAAUUUCCGCGAAAAAAUAUGAAAAUCGGAAAAAGUCGCGCGUGCCACACGUAAUUUUAUGCAAUCGAACUUUUGAAUUUUGAGUGAAAAAUAGAGAAAAAAAUGAUCAAAUAUGAAACAUAAAAGUGGAAAAUUUAAAAAGAAAGACUUUAAUUUUUAAACUUUAAUUUAAAAGUGAAUUAAAAUAUAACGUAAAAACUGCAUAAGAAUUAAUUUAUAAGAAAAAAAGCAGAAACAAAAAUUAAGGAUUUGUGUGAUAUCAGUUGUGAUAUGACACACUACUUGUCACCCAAACAAAAUGAGUUCAAUGGGCGGGAAUACGCCGCCAACGGCCAGAAACUCCGCCUACAACACAAAUGCAAUGGAAAAAAUCAAGAAUGAGCUACAGCCAUUUGCGAAUGUCGGAGCUGCGCAUCAGCAGCAGCAACAACAACAACAAAACCAGCAACAACAAAAUCAUCGAUUUCAGGAACUGCGACAGACCUUACUUGCAGCUGGAUUCCCAGAGGAAUUGGCAUUAAAAGCUCUCAAGGCGUCAAAUGGAAAUCCCGAAGAUGCAUUCAAUUAUCUGAAGAGCGGCAGGAACGGAGAGUACAUUCUCAAUGGGCAUGCAGGAAAAUUGCCGGGAUACGUGCCUCGACUGAUGCGCAAACAAAGUAUCGAACGCGAAGUCCCGCUAACGUCGAUGCAUUUGCCUCGUCAAAGUCCCGCAAUGGAUUCGGGCGCCGGAAGCUCCCGCUCCGACAGUCCGCAUCAGCAAUAUUCAACAAGUAAUCGUGCCAGCAGUGUUAGUCAAUAUUCUCCAUCGCCAUGUCCUUCGCAUUCGAGUUACAACGACGUAGUUCCGCCCACGCCUCCUCCUCGUUGCCCUUCGACGCCAUCAACGCCUCCGCCGCCCUUCCAAAUGGGUCACAUGCUAAAACGAAUGUCUCCCGCAACGGGUCCUUCGCGCCAAAUGCCAACGAUUCAAAGUCAGAGCCCCGCACGCGGAACAUCUCCCGUCGCGACAAAUUCCCGCCAACCCCCGAUCAUCGUGCAAAAUGGUCCGCAAGCACAACAGCAACUCAAUCAUGCCAUGCAAACACUUUCGAUGUACACAAAUGGCGGAAAUGUCGUCGAACCGCCUCCCCCGUACCCAAUUUUGCCGAAUAGCUCGGUAAAUGCGCCGCCAAGUUACAUCGCAUCGAUCCAAAAUCGUCAAUCGCCGACGCACUCAAGUCAGGAUUAUCGCAAAAGCCCAAGCAGCGGAAUUUAUUCGGGCACUUCGGCGGGUUCUCCGAGCCCCAUUACAGUAACGCAAAAUGUCGGACCGACACAUGUCUCGAUUUCGCGCCCAAUUGCCUUGCAACCGCAGCCCUUCAGUGCCAGACAAACGAAAACGCAACAACCGAUCAUCAUGCAUUCGGUAAAAUCGACGCAAGUGCAAAAACCUGUGCUGCAAACGGCAAUUGCUCCGCCCACUCCGAUCGUUUGUGUCUCGCCGCCCGUACUAACAAGCGCUGCGCCGCCCUCGUAUGCGACUUCUAUUCAGCAAAAGCAUCAGCAAUCCACGACACCGCCUUUGUUGCAACUCAAUUCGGCAAAAUCGUCGCCGUCGUCGAGUGUCACGCCCCCUUCGACGCCCAAUAACGUAACCACGCCCCUAACAACGUUCGCUGUGAGCGUCAAUAAUGCCGUUAAUGCGGCAAAUGCGGGAAAUACGUCGCCCGGUGCUCAUUUGACGAACGAUCCACCGCCAUACCCAACGAUUUUGAAUAUGCGGCAACGAAAUCUACCUCCGCCGCCCCCCUAUUCGACAGCAGGAAGCACGACCCCGAGCAACAACAGCAAUUACGCCUCUUCGAAUCAGUCGGAAACGAGCAGCAAUUACAGCAGCAAGUCCACAAAUAGCAAUAUGGCGAGUUUCAACAGUGUCAUUGCGAAUACAAAUCUUUCGACCACGCCCCCGUUGCCUCCCUCGAAUGUGCAUGGGGCAGGAACCUCAUCUGCGAACGUCGCCAAUAACAAUAACGGCACAAAUUCUCGCAUCAAUAGUCAUAAGGAAGGCAACAACAACAACAAUCAUCUCAAACCGACGAUGAAUGGCACGACAAAAAGUCAAAAUGCGACCUCGAGCAACAAUAAUAACAACAAUAACGUCGCUUCGUCAUCCUCUUGCAAAAAAGUCAAACUCCAAUCGCCGAUUCCCGAACGAAAACAUCUCUCAAAAGAGAAAGAAGAGGAAAAAUCCGAAUGUAAAGUCAAGCAUUACUCGCCCCAAGCCUACAAAUUCUUCAUGGAACAGCAUGUCGAGAACGUGAUGAAGUCCUAUAAGCAGCGAAACUUCCGACGAACGCAACUCGAACUCGAAAUGUCGAAAAUGAAGUUGCCUGAAGAGACGAAGGGUGAAAUGCGGAAGUUGUUGUUCCAGAAGGAAAGUAAUUAUAUUCGGCUUAAGAGAGCGAAAAUGGACAAAUCCAUGUUUGCGCAUAUCAAAAAGAUUGGCAAAGGCGCCUUUGGGGAAGUUAUUCUCGUGAGGAAGAUCGAUACGUCGAAUCAUCUGUACGCGAUGAAGACGCUAAGGAAGUCAGAUGUGCUCGAGAGGAAUCAAGUUGCGCACGUGAAAGCGGAACGGGAUAUUCUCGCGGAAGCCGAUAAUGAAUGGGUUGUCAAACUUUAUUAUAGUUUUCAGGAUAAGGAUAAUUUGUAUUUUGUUAUGGAUUAUAUACCGGGCGGUGAUUUAAUGUCACUUCUCAUCAAAAAGGGAAUCUUCGAAGAAAAUUUAGCCAGAUUUUACAUCGCUGAACUAACAUUAGCCAUAGAAAGUGUCCAUAAAAUGGGAUUUAUUCAUCGGGACAUCAAACCAGAUAAUAUUCUCAUUGACAAAAAGGGACACAUCAAGUUGACUGACUUUGGAUUAUGCACAGGAUUUAGAUGGACUCACGACUCUAAAUAUUAUCAAAAGAAUGGAGAGCACGCGCGACAAGAUUCCAUGGAAGCUUGGAGUAAAAGCGGACAUGAUCAUGCUCCAAUUCCGCCGCCAUUGGAAAGGAGGAAAUAUCGUGAUAAAACGCGUUCAAAAGCACACUCAAUCGUCGGUACGCCAAAUUACAUCGCUCCGGAGGUCCUUUUGCGCAGCGGUUACACGCAAUUGUGCGAUUGGUGGAGUGUCGGCGUCAUUUUGUACGAAAUGCUUGUUGGGCAACCUCCUUUCUUGGCAAAUACUGCCGAAGAAACACAAUAUAAGGUGAUUCAUUGGCGAUCAACUCUAAAGAUACCGCCACAGGCAAAACUCACGGAAGAAGCGUCAAAUCUCAUCAUCCGCCUUUGCUGUUCGGAGGACGAGCGUCUCGGCAAGCAAGUUGACGAAAUAAAAACGCAUCCGUUCCUCCGUCAAAUCGAUUGGUCGAAAGAUUUGCGCAGUCAGAAGGCGCCGUACGAACCAAAAAUCAAAUAUCCAACAGACACCUCGAACUUUGACGACAUCGAUCACGACGGCAUGAAAGACUCCUCGGACACGGAUCAUGCGUUCGAUGACCUCAUUGAGGGCGGAAAACCCUUCCAUCAUGGCUUCUUUGAAUUCACAUUUCGGCGAUUUUUCGACGAUGACAACAAAAUUUCGCUGGAUGUCGCCAACGACAAUCAAUCGGGAGCAAUUUAUGUGUAGUAGUCGAUCAUUUUUUUGGGUAUUUUACGCCAAACUGUGCCAAAAUUUUCAUUUUUCACGUGCAACGUUCAAAAAUAUUCGCUACACAAACACUUUAUUUCACAUAUUUUAUGCUGUUGAGAGAAAAAUUGAAGGUUUUUAAUGUCAAAUCAUCGUAAAGAUUAUUUUUACUGCGUUAUUUUACGUUACUAGUCACUUUUUUUUAAAGAAAAACAUUUCCGCAAAAAACGGAAAGUGAAAUUUCGCAUGAAUCUGCUGAUAAAAAAAUUAUUUUAUGAACAUAUAAAAGCAUUAUUGUUACAAAAUGCACUAAAAUCGAAUUUAUAUGAGACAAAAAAUAAAAAAAAAUAAUUAAAAAAGAAACUUUUGCCAUCUUUGGAUAAAAAAAAUGCAAGAUCAAGAUCAAAUGAUCAACAAAAAUGAAUAAAAAAAUAAAAAUACUGAAAAACCUCGAAAUUAGGAACAAA